CAGCAAGUUUAUGCUUGAGCUUGAUUUUGAGCCUUUCAAUGCCUCCUUCCCACGUCCUUCCAUGUCCAAGUCUAUUGGAAAUGGGGUGCAGUUCCUUAACCGUCACCUAUCUACCAACCUGUUCCAGGACAGGGAGAGCCUCUACCCACUACUGAACUUCCUGAAAGCCCAUAACCACAAGGGCACGACAAUGAUGCUAAACAACAGAAUUCAGAGCCUUUGUGGGCUCCAAUCAGCCCGUAGAAAGGCAGACGAGUAUCUAACGAGCAUCCCUGAAGACACCCCGUCCUCUGAGUUCAACCACAGGAAGGACGAGAGGUUGUACCUUGCCAACGAUUCAGAUGAGCAGUCGUUGCUUUGUGACACCUUGAUGCUUAGCAUUUCAGAACAUUUAUAG